GAACUAUAGAGUGACCGUUCUUUCACCAAAAAGUAAACAAUAAAAAGCGCGCAAUGACGUCCGACCACGAAGAUAUAGAAAUUAAAAAAGAAAAUCAAACUAUAGCUGAAGAUGAAAUAGAAAAGGAUGAAAAUGAGGUCGACGAGGACUUAAAGGAGACCAGCAAAAUCACCUCCUUGAAGUCCCUGGGACCGUUCAUAGCCGGAAAAGAGAACAGCCGGAAUACUGUUUACCUCAGCGAUGUACCGGAUGUCUGUAAAGAUAAACCCUGCAUGCUGGGCGUCGAUGAGGCUGGGCGUGGUCCUGUCCUCGGCCCCAUGGUAUACGGAAUCUCCUACUGCCCGCUGGACAGCAAGAAGGCUCUCGAAGAUCUGGGAUGCGCCGACUCCAAACAACUGACCGAAGAGAAGCGCGAUGUUAUAUUCAACGACAUCAAUACCAAGGAUUAUGCCAACAGCUGCAUCGGCUGGGCCGUGGAGAUUAUAUCGCCAAAUACCAUCAGCACCAGCAUGUACCGGCGGUCCAAGUGCUCCCUGAACGAGGUUUCUAUGGACUCUGCAAUGGGCUUGAUCCAACAGGCGAUCGACGCGGGCAUCAAUAUAGCCGAGGUCUAUGUGGAUACGGUGGGUCCACCGGAGAAAUACCAGGAGAAGCUGCUGAAGCGCUUUCCCAACUUUAAGAUUACGGUGGCCAAAAAAGCCGAUUCCACCUAUCCCAUUGUCUCGGCGGCUAGUAUCUGUGCCAAGGUCACCCGUGAUCAUGCUCUCAAAGUGUGGAAGUUCCCCGAGGGUCUGGUGAUCAAAGACAAUGCCUUUGGCAGCGGUUACCCGGGAGAUCCUGUCACAAAGCGGUUCCUGGCGGAGCAUAUCGAUCUGGUCUUUGGAUUCCCUCGACUGGUACGUUUUAGUUGGUCCACGGCGGAGAAUGCGUUGGCUGAUAAAGCCUACAACAUGGAAUUCGAUGAGCCGGACACCGAGAAGCCCAAGUACGCCGGUACAAAACUCACCAAGUUCUUUAAGGGCACCACCAAAUCGGGAGAGGUUAUUCGCGAGGAGAGCCGCUUCUUUAAGCAAAGACAUCUGGGAAAUGUCAUGGAUUUUUAAGUUAUUUAAAAAUUUAGAUUAGAAAAAUAAAUAUAGAUUUUUGUCAACUAAGUUUAAAUAUGGUUUCUAUAACUCCCAAUACCAAAAUUAAAAUAAAAAGAGCUAAGACUUCUCUAUUAGUUCUUGGUCUUAGAAGUUUGA